AUGAUCGAAUCAGAUGCUUCCAUUUCUGGAAAGGAAGUUCCGACAGAGGACACAGUCUUGCCAGGCAUAGAAGUAGAAUUAUGUCCACUUUGUCCAUCUUCUGGACCUCCUCAACCACCUCGUUCAAAAGCGAAACUAGAAGCUAAUCUUGAAGUCGAUCUAGUCUGGAUAGCAUGCACAAAAUGCUCAACGUGGUUUCAUUCCGCUUGUCUAUACUUGGGAGAUGAAAACGUACAAUCCACGAUACCUAAAGAUAUCGUGAAAGAGGUAGAAGUGAAUAGGAAGGACGAAGGAGCAUGGUUUAACUGGACACAAUGGAUAGAUAAAUGGUAUUGUCACCCAUGUAUGGAGAAAGCAUCAUCACCUUCUAAUCCUAAACCACCUCGUCGUCCACUACUUUCAACGCUGAAAAAAGGUGUACCACCUUUUGAUUCUACCAAAACCAAGCGAUCGGCAAGUUCAACUUUGUCACAAGGAUCUAAAUCACCAAAGAAGGCACGAAUGACUACAUCAAAUCUUGUCUGUGGCACAGACAGCCCCGUUCCUUUACCGCUUGGCGGUCAAGGUGGCUUAAAUCUUGUUGAAAUCGUAAACGAAAAAGGAAAUGGGGUUGAUGUCAAAAGUGACCGAAAAUUGGAUGGAAUAAUAAACGGGUAUACCAAUAUUGGCAUAGCAGGUGGAAGCGAAGAGAUGAGUCAUGAAGGUAGACCAAAGAGGAAUGUUAGACAAUUAGACUAUCACAAUCUGAAUAACUCGGUUGCGACCCCAACGAGUCAAUGGUUGGACUUGAUCGCUGAUCCAGGUAAAUACGGCAGAGUUAUACUAGAUGGCGAAUACAGAUCUGUUCCUGGAGAUAUAUUAAAACGAUCGUGGCUGGAUUCGGACCCCGACUCAUAUUCGGAAUAUCCACCAACCCUUUUUUAUGGACCACAGAGAGACCCGAUCAUUGUCAGGUCUGACAAUGGUGGAUUUACAGGAAUGGGUGGACAAGUCCCCGGGAAAGAUCUAAAUGUGCAGGAUGUAGCGAGGCUUGUGGGUCCAAAGAGGAUGGUCGAUGUCAUCGACGUAUCAUCUCAACAAUCAGCACAAUGGACAUUACAAAAAUGGGCAGAUUACCUUCUCCCACCGUCAAAUUCAACUACUUCCUCUACUACUCCGUCUUCCUCUUCGUCUGCCGCUAGAAAGAAAGUGUACAAUAUCAUUUCUUUGGAGAUAUCGGAUACUGAAUUAGCUAAAAAAGUUAAACCUCCAAGAUUAGUCAGAGAAAUAGAUUGGGUAGAUAAUUUUUGGAAUUUCGGAUUGGGAGGAAGUAAAGGUAAAGCAAAAGAAAAGGAGAAAUCAACAACCAUAUCCGAAGACGGGAUCUUAAAAAACGGGAAUGCGCUCGUCGAAGAAGAUCACAGAGAGAAUGGAGAAUUGAAAGAUUUGUCUGAUGUAAAAGGAAAUGCCAAAGCUCCUUAUCCGAAAGUACAAUUAUAUUGCUUGAUGGGAAUGAAAGGUGCUUGGACGGAUUGGCACGUUGAUUUUGCAGCCAGUUCGGUAUAUUACACAAUACAUACAGGAUCAAAAGUUUUUUACUUCAUACGCCCGACUACGGCGAAUCUGAAAGCUUACGCUGAAUGGUCCGGCUCGUAUGAGAAACAACAAGAUACGUGGCUACCAGAUAUGUGCGAUGAAGUCAGAAGAGUUGUAUUAAAUGCUGGAGACACUAUGAUACUACCAUCGGGAUAUAUACACGCUGUGUAUACACCCAUGGACUCGAUAGUCUUUGGAGGCAAUUUUCUGCAUUCCUAUGACAUUGCCACUCAAUUGAAUUUGAGACAAAUUGAGAUCGAUACUAAAGUUCCGCAGAGAUUCCGAUUUCCCAUGUUUGAAAGACUGUGCUGGUUCGUAGCAGAUCGUUAUGUCAAUCAACUGCGUCAAUUCCGCACAUACCGACCGCGCAGCGCAAUGCAGAUUUCGACUACUGUUCAUCAGAGAGUGUUGGAUCAACUCAUUCACUUAACCAAUUUCCUGUUGAAUCAGAUAUCGAUAUUGCAUAAUCCGGACAAAGAAGAAAAGUCGAAGAAACUAGUUUGGGAUAGAAUACCUCACGAGGCGAUAAAGGACCCAGAAGGCUUAGCUAGGGAAUUGCAGUGGCGCGUAUUAAGAGAACUCGGUCACGACAACAUAAGUGUCGCCAGCAUGCAGAGUAGUAGCGUGAAGGAGGACGUAGAUGGGUUGGAGAAAGAGAGAGAAAAAGAAUUGAAAAGAAAGAAAGGUAAAUUAGGGAAAGUAUUCGAUAAGAAAGGCUCUUCGAGAACAUGGAUGUUCGAUCCUCCGAAAUGGGAUCAAUCUGUCACACCUGCUCAAAUCGAUAUAACCCGAACCAAAAUUCCUCGACCGGCAUCUCAUGCUCAGGGUGAAGAAAAGGGAGAAGAAGCUGAACAGAGCAUUUCCUCCAUCAAGCAAUUGAGAAGGAGGAUACGAGAAGUUGAGGGUGGCGGUUUAGUGUUAGAAGAACAGGAAGUGAUAUUUAAUGAGAAAAAGGUUGUUUGGGGCUUGAGCGAAGAAGGAACCGUGCAAGUGUAA